GCUAUAUAAACGGUCGCAACCAACCAAACACUCAAACUUGGAAGUUUGUACAUGUGCACCAUUUUGUAGUAUCACCUGAAUCAUCUAAUUAAACUCAGUAGCCUAUUUUGUUCCAAAUUACAUUCCAAUGAAGCAGAACAAGAAGCUAUCAGUUCUCCUUAGUUUUCUUCUCAUUCUAGUUUACUUAACUACAUUUUUAGCGAUUUCGACAGAGGCUAGGAGACAUCACAGCAAGAAAAACAGAACUCACAAGCACAAGAAACAGAGGCAUGACCAUCAUGUUCCUGCUCCAUUUCCUGGUCAUGGCAAUACUUCUAGCAAUUUCAAUGUCUUGAGCUUCGGAGCUAAGGGCGACGGAGUUUCUGACGAUUCCAAGGCACUUGAAGAAGCAUGGAAGGCUGCAUGUAAAGUAGAAGGAUCAAUUCUGCGAAUUCCAUCGAAUUACAAGUUUCUGAUUAAGCCAAUAACACUGAAAGGUCCAUGUAUGCCUCAUUUGCUUUUUCAGAUUGAUGGGAGCCUCUUGGCUCCUCCGAAAGUAGGUGCAUGGCCAAAAUCCAGCUUGUUUCAGUGGAUUAACUUCAAAUGGAUUCACAACUUCACCAUUCAAGGUACAGGUACUGUUGAUGGCCAAGGUUCCAACUGGUGGGCUACUGCUUUUCCGAGCCAAGUUGCUUUCACUCAGGCCUUAUCCAAAAACAAAAUACCAUAUAUGAAACCAACGGCAAUAAGAUUUUAUGAAAGUUACAAUGUGACAAUCCGCGACAUAAGUAUCAUAAACAGUCCUCUGUGCCAUCUGAAAUUUGAUAAUUCUGGAGGGGUGAACAUCGACAAUAUCACCAUCAUUUCACCAGAAUCUAGCCCAAACACGGAUGGCAUUCACCUGCAGAACACCCGGGAUGUAGAAAUCCAGCAUUCCAGCAUAGGCUGCGGGGAUGAUUGUGUGUCGAUUCAAACUGGCUGCUCCAACGUUCAUAUUCACCAUCUAAAUUGUGGCCCUGGACAUGGAAUAAGCUUAGGAGGAUUAGGGAAAGAUAAAAGUGUGGCAUGCGUUUCUGAUAUCACGGUUGAAAAUAUUAUCAUGCAAAACACCCUCUAUGGAGUACGGAUCAAGACAUGGCAGGGUGGAGCUGGAUUAGUGAAGAACAUAACAUUUUCACACAUUCAAGUUUCUGAUGUCAAAGUUCCCAUAAUGAUUGAUCAAUAUUACUGCGACAAGCAUUUGUGCAAGAAUCAGACAGAUGCAGUAGCAAUAUCAGGAGUAAAAUAUGACCAAAUCAUCGGCACUUUCUCAGUGCAACCUAUUCAUCUGGCUUGUAGCAACAGCAUUCCAUGCAUAAAUGUCGAUCUCACUAAUGUUCAGUUAAGGCCAACAUCUUCAAAAUUAGGGUACGGAUCCGGAGGGUUACAACACGAAGGAUUGUGCUGGAAUUCUUAUGGAAAAUCAAAAGCCCCUCUGGUUCCGUCAAGCAUUGACGAUUGCCUAAUGAGGGGUAGUGGCGGUUCAGGACCUCAGAAAAUAGCAAAAUCUCGUUAUGAAAAUGUUUGUUGAUUGGUAUUUUAGUGUACAUGAACUUAGUUUGCUCUCUUUCUUAAGUUGAUUGUGUUAGAUAUGUAAUUGCUUCCCUUCUGCAGUGCUUUCAGUGUGGAAAGAGGAUUAAUGUACACGCUUUAUCAGUUAAUCCGCAGUGUCCAACUCUUUUUUGUAAUUGUACUUUGAAACUUUAUUGUUGUUGAGUGUUCAAUUCUGUUGUUGAGUGUUCAAUUCUCCUAGAACCAUGAGCUAUCUGUGAAAAUGCUUAUUUAAGAUAUGAUCAUGUCAGUUAAAUUAUAUCGG